GCGGGCGUGGACUGGAGGGUGCGGGUGUGGCCGGGGGUGUGUCCGUGAGGCGCGGCCUUGGAGGGCGUCUGCGGCCUGGCCACGAGAGCGGGCGACCCUCGUGUGACAUGCGUGGGGAGGCGAGUGCGGGGCCAUGCGAGCCCCGGCCCCCCCUGGGGCGCGGCGCCCUCUUCACAAAGCCCAGGGCUGGUGGAGGUCCUGUGGCGGGGACUUCAGUCGCUCGUGGGCGCCCCGCCCGGGGCAGGCCGCGCUCCAGGAAUGGCCUGGCCUCCCAGGGCGGGCACGGAGCAGUGACCUCGGGGCCUACGCACAGAGCUCUGCUUUCCAGAGAUACCAACUUCCUCCAGGAGAGUAACUGCAAACAGGAAGCUACCCCUGCAGGGACUAAACUUAAAGCCCAGUCUCAGGGCUUGGUCACAUUUGGGGACGUGGCUGUUGUUUUCUCCCAGGAGGAGUGGGAAUGGCUCAGCUCUGAGCAGAGGAGUCUAUAUUGGAAGGUGAUGCUGGACAACUACAGGAACCUGGCGUCAGUGGGGCUUUGUGUUUCGAAGCCAGAUAUGAUCACCUUGUUGGAGCAAGGGAAAGAUCCCUGGAUGAUGAAAAGAAAGACGACAAGAGGCCAUUGCCCAGACAUAAUGGCUUUGCAGGAGACAAAGGAGUUCCCUCUAGAGGUCUUAAGUGAAGAAAAGUUAUCCCAGGCAGUGCGGAGAAACCAGCCCCUGCCCUGCAGACCCAAGUGCUCUGUGUUAGGGGAAAACUGGGGUGAAGAUGCUGUGUUCCAGACACCAAGGGGCUUGAAGACCAUCACAGAUACAGCUAGAGACGGCUCUCCACAGCUUGCGUCAGCUCUGAAGAGUUUCUGCAAGAAUGUGACAUGGGAGAACUGUGAUGACCUGGGGUCCUUAGGACACUGUGUUUCCAAAGCAGAUUUUGUCUCAUUGCUGGGGCAAGAGAAGAUGCCCUCUGUGGUGCAAAGAGAGCUGGCACCAGGCUUGUUCUCAGGCGAGUGUGGAGAUGGCCAGCAGGCUGUAUGUGAGGCCCAGGAUCUGUUUCCAAAGCAAGACUCGGAUGCUGAAGGAUUAACAAACAGACCUUCCAGCACUAAACUUGAGUGUUCCACCUUCAGAGAAGAUUGGGAUUCUGAGUGUGUGUUUGAAAGGAAUGGUCAAGACAUACCGUUUGAGCAAGAGACAGUUACUAGGAACGAAGCCUUCUCAGAAGGGAGAGAUCAUGCGCAUAUCAAAUCUGGAAGAUGGUUUCAUUUGAACAUUUCAGAAGAGAAAAGUCAUAAUUGUGAUUCAGGUAAAAGUUUUCCCCAAAAUUCAGUGGUCGUAAAGGAACCUGGAAUCUAUGCAGGAAAAAAGCUUUUCAAAUGUAAUGAGUGUAAGAAAACUUUCACCCAGAGUUCAUCCCUUACAGUGCACCAGAGAAUUCAUACUGGAGAGAAACCCUACAAAUGCGAAGAGUGUGGGAAGGCUUUCAGCGAUGGCUCCUCUUUCACACGGCACCAGAGGUGCCACACAGGCAAGAAGCCGUACGAGUGCAUUGAGUGUGGAAAAGCUUUCAUACAGAACACCUCCCUUGUUCGUCACUGGAGAUACUAUCACACAGGGGAGAAACCCUUUGAUUGCAUCGACUGUGGUAAAGCCUUCAGUGACCACAUAGGGCUUAAUCAACAUAGGAGAAUUCACACUGGAGAGAAACCGUACGAAUGUGACGUGUGUCACAAGUCCUUUCGAUAUGGCUCAUCCCUCACUGUGCACCAAAGGAUUCAUACUGGAGAAAAACCAUAUGAGUGUGAGAUUUGUAGGAAAGCCUUCAGCCAUCAUGCAUCACUCACUCAGCACCAAAGGGUGCAUUCUGGAGAAAAGCCCUUUAAGUGCAAAGAAUGUGGGAAAGCCUUUAGGCAGAACAUACACCUCGCUAGUCAUUUGAGGAUCCAUACGGGGGAAAAGCCCUUUGAGUGUGGGCAAUGUGGGAAAUCCUUCAGCAUCAGCUCACAGCUUGCCACCCAUCAGCGAAUUCACACAGGAGAAAAGCCAUAUGAAUGCGAGCUGUCUUCUACUGCAGAUGCCACAGCAGCUUCCUUGGCUUUAAAGCUUGGUCUCCCAUUUUGGGCCUGUCCACUUAUCUUCCCAAACUGAUAGUCUCACGUGAGCGGGUGAUGAGUAGUCUGCCUGUACUUCUGGAUUCAGACACGAGGCUGAGAGGCUUCUUAGGACUGUAUUCUGAAUCUGCGGACACCAAUUCGGGAACAGAGAGUGGCUCCUGGGACAUCUCAUCCUACACUCGCUGGGUGAGGACUACAUAUCCCAGUUGCCAUUGCGGAGCACCUCACGACCACCUCCGGUAGAAACCGGAAGUCAGUGUUGCUUCAAUCCUGUCGGGGUCUCAGGUGGAAUUCUUUUUGGGUUUGGAGUGGAAGUUAGACCUGAUCUGAGAAGGCAGCUGGGCGUGGUGUUCAGGUCGGCGCGUGAGUGAUCUGGCCUCCGUAGAUCUGACACGCGUGUUGUGUGUCCCAGCGGCGCGUGCUGGACCACAGUGCGUACUGGAAUGAAUGCAAGACCUCACUCACUAUUAAAUACGUGGUCUCAGUGGCAAACUCAAGAAUCCAUACACAGUGUCCAGGCAACUGAAGUAUUUCUUGCUUGACUUUUUCUAGAAGCAGACACUACUUAGGGUGAAGCCCUUCUACAAAUGAAGAACCAGGAAGAAGUGAAAGGUCAGGAAGGAACCAAGUUGGUGAAAGCCAUGUCCUUGGGAAGAUACAGAGUGAACAGGAAAUGGGAUGAGGCUACACCCUUGAAAGCCACAUCCCAGUGGUGUAUUUCCUUUAGAAGGCUCCACUUCCUGAAGUGUCCACAACUUCCCAAAACAGCAGGGCUAGUGACUUUCACAGAUGUGGCCAUAAACUUCUGCCAAGGUGAGUGGGAAUGACUGAGUCUUGCCCAGAGGCUUUUGCACAGGAAGGCAAUUCGGGGCACCUACAGGAACCUGGAUGUAGGGGAAGGUAGCACCGAUGUUCACUGUGACUCAGUGUCUUCUCUUGCUUUAUCAUUUUCCAACACUGUCCCUCUUUAAGACCAUUUAGACGGGUGGUUCUCAACCUGUGGGUCAUGUGACCUCUUUGGGGCAUGUCCAAUGAGCCUUCACAGGCAAGGUUGCCUAAGGUCAUUGGAAAACAUAGAUAUUUACAUUAAGAUUCUUAACAGUAACAAAAUUGCAGUUAUGAAGUAGCAAUGAAGAUAAUUUUAUGGUUGGGGGACACCAAGCCACAAGGAACUGCAUUAAAGUGUCACAGCAUUAGGAGGGUUGAGACCUGCCAAUUUAGACAACUGUAGCUCUUGCUUACAAACUUUACUCUCAGCGUUCAUGUUUUAUGUACAGAUCUUUGCGUUUUAAAACCAGAUGAGAUCCCGUUACUGUAACACGAGAAGGAGCCAUGAUGACAGAUGGAGAGGUGUCCAGGUGGGUGCAGGAUGACUGGAGCUGGAGAGGUUGGCUCAGCAGUCUCUUCCUUUGGCAUCUGAGGGAUAAUUCAGAUGCUCUCCCGGAUUGGUGCAGGCUGUCAUAGCAGUUUCUUCUCCACUGGCACAACCUACCACAUUUACCUUGUUUAUUUCCUGUGCAUACCAAAGUCUUUCUUAACAUCUGCCCCUCUGAUCAGGUUAUAGGUAAGGAAGCUAGCUGAGCGUGAGCCAGGGGUGCCUCAGGAGGCAGGAUUCUUGGAUCAUUUCUACUUCUGUUCCUGCUUGGAUUCUUGUCCCGAUUUCCCUCUGUGAUAGACUGUGACCUGGAAGUGUAAGCAGAAAUAAAUCCUUUUCUCUCCCAAGUUGCUUUGGGUUGGAGUGUUUUAUCACAGCAACAGAAAAGCAGAAUAAGUAAGCAUCUAAUCCAAGCCAAAAUAAGUUACGAAUAGUCUGUAGUUGUUGGUGUUUCUAGAGAUCAAAGUAGGAGUAAAUGAAUUGGAAAACUGUAGAUCUAAUGUAAUUAAAGAUGUCUUUAAGAAAAGGAAUAAAACAUAUAAACUGAGGACAAAUGAGAGGAAACCUGUAACACAAAGGACUCAAGAGAAUCGUGUGAAGAUCUGGGGUGUGGGUUAGCCGAUACUAGACCUGAAUUUGAUCCCCAAUGAUCCCCGCCCCCUGAAUACAAAGUAGCAUGACAUGACUCUGUUCUCCCCAGCUCCGUCACUAAUGUGAAGUCUGGAUGAGCGGGUGGUAUCCUAGGAGAAUGCGGAAGUGUGGGUGAGCAGGGCUGAAAUACAGGCGAAAGGCUAGAAAGCAAUACAGGAGGCUGUUUGUCGAGUACCUCCCCAAAGAGAAUAGACCACAGUCUAGUUUCACAAAUCAGUUCAUAAAGCCUUUGAGGAAAAACGUCCUCCACAUUAUUGUUUACACUGAAAUGUGUCAGAAGUUGUAAGAAAGCAAGUGUUGUCAGAGACGGCUCAGUGGGCAAGAGGACUUGCUGUUCUUGUAGAAGACCCGAGCCUGGUUCUCAGCACCCAUUUGGGGCCUCACAACCACCCCUAACUCCAGUUCUGAUGUACUCUUCUGGCCUCUGCAGAUACCAGGCACACUUGUGGUACCUAUAUGUACAUACAGAGAAAACACUCGUACACACAAAACUGAAAUAUUUUAAGUAAAAUGAAAAAGAGAGUUUACAAAAUAAUUGUUGAUGAAUACAGCAUGUUGUUUGAUAACAGAAUUUACCAAAACCACCCAGCAUGUAAGUUGCAGGUAAGUUCCACCCAUAAGUAUUGGUGUAAAGAAAAGACUGUAUAUAAUAUUGAC